GGAGGGCAACAAAAUCAGAGGAGGAGCCCAAACCUGCUCCACCUCCUUUACCUCCUCCCUCUCACCACUCCCACAACUUCAUAAAUAUGAAGAACAAGUUUUUCAAUGAUCUUAGCCAUCUACCUAGUAAGUAAUAAUUAGUGCCCAUGUGGGCCAUUGUUGCCAUAGUUAUGGUCAUGCUUGCCUUGGUUGGCUGCUUUGCUUUCUGUAUCUAUAAGAAGUGUUUGGGAGGGAAGAAAAAAGCUAAAAAAGUCAGAGAGAGGAAGGGAGGACGAAGAAGGAUGAAAAAGGAAGGAGAGGAAGAAGCAGGCGAGGAACAACCUAAAGAAGGAGAGGGCGAGGGAGAGAAAGAAUAUUAUGGCAAGCUGGAGUACACUCUGGACUAUAACUUCACCGACAAUCAGCUUAUUGUUGGUGUCUUGCAAGCUCAAGACCUUCCUGCCAUGGAUAUUGGUGGAACAUCUGACCCCUAUGUCAAAGUUUACAUGCUACCAGACAAGAAGAAAAAGUUUGAAACCAAGGUCCAGCGCAAGAAUCUGUGUCCUGUUUUCAAUGAGACCUUCAUAUUUAAGAUCCCCUUUAAUGAUCUAGCCGGACAGACUCUGGUCCUGCAGGUGUUUGACUUUGACCGUUUUGGUAAACAUGAUGUAAUUGGAGAGAUCAAAAUACCCAUGAACAGCGUUGACCUGGCCCAGCCCAUACAUGAAUGGAAAGACCUGGUCGGAGGAGAGAAAGAGGAACAAGAAAACUUAGGUGACAUCUGUAUCUCCCUGCGCUAUGUGCCCACGUCUGGUAAACUGACCGUCUGUAUCAUGGAGGCCAAGAACCUGAAGAAGAUGGACGUGGGUGGUUUAUCAGAUCCUUUUGUGAAAGUGGUUUUGCAACACAAUGGAAAACGUAUCAAGAAGAAGAAGACGACAGUUAAGCAGAACACACUGAACCCCUACUUCAAUGAAAGCUUCAGCUUUGAAAUCCCCUUCGCUCAGAUUCAGAAGAUCCAGGUGUUGAUCACAGUCUAUGACUAUGAUAAAUUGGGAAGCAAUGAUCCAAUUGGGAAGUGCUGGAUUGGGUUUGGCGCUAGUGGGGUGGGUCUGCGCCACUGGUCAGACAUGCUGGCCAAUCCCAGACGACCUGUGGCUCAGUGGCACACCCUUCAGCCUGAAGAGGAAGUAGAUGCUGCCCUUAAAGCACCCAUCCGCUAAAUAUCUUAUCCUCCCCUCAACUAAACGUUUUCACACAUCUGGCAAAACAUCAUUUAAAAUGUAUCCAUUCUUUCACUGAGGAGUUUCUGUCUGUUAUGUGAUUGUUCAACACCCUGUACCCU